UUUGUCGAAUUUACCACCUCCAAAAAAAAACAUUUACUUUACCACCUCAUAAAAAAAUUAAACAUCAGUUUUACCACCUCAUCUGAGCUCAGGUGACGGAAAACGCUUGUGGGGCCUCAUCAAUUUACUUGGUUACUGUUAAACAUCAGUUUUACCUCCAAUUUAAUUCUUUUAAAAUCGAUUUCCCUCUGUCUCCUCCUUUUCUCACCUUCCACCUUCCAUAAUCAAUGUCUCACCAAAUUUCUCACUUCCUCAUCAAUUUUCGUCUCUCUUUCCUUUGAUUUUUCUUGAUUCUCACUGUAACUGCUUCUCUCUCCUUUGAAUUUUCUCUUUCUCUCUGUAAAAACUGAAACCCUAGAUCAAUUUGGGUGGUUGAAAUCGAGCUGGAACCACAAAAUUGCAACACAUCAGCUUCUCUUGUCAUCUUCCACAGGGUGAGGGGACCAAAAGCUUGGUAAUUUGCUGACAGAAAUCGAGAUUCCUGACUACAAGAGAAUGGACACAGUGGACUUAAAAAUUACAGUAGGGGGUGCCUUUAUACCUUCUUUAGCUGGUAAAAAUAGGAGGGUGUUAACUUGGGAUGGUGGGUGGGUUUAUUGGAUGAGAAAGGUGGAAAAAAAUAAGAUAGAUGUACACUUUUUGAGGCAAGCAGCUAUACAUGGGUUUGUGUAUGUGAAUGUGAAGGUUCCUAGGGGGUUUAGUUGCUGGUAUAAACAAAAGGGCAAGUCUUGGGUGAAUGGUAAAAGGGAGCUUGUUGAUGGUGAGGUGAAUGGUUUCCUAGAGUCGGUGAACAAAGAGGGGGCAUGUGAGAUGUAUGUUACCAGUCAUGAGCCAAUUGAAGGGACUAACAAAACACCCUUCAAAUGUAUAUCUGGGAAUGAGCUAACCCCUGCACAAAGGAAGGAACUGAAAAAGAGGUUUGAUGGGCCUAAAGUAUACAAACCCAGCCCAGAACUUAGUAAGCCCACUGAAGAAGAGCCAUUUAGGAGAAGCCCUAGGUUAAAAGGCAUUGUUAUACAUGACAGAGAGGCUGAGGAGAGGCUUCCUAGGGCAGAGAAAGUGAAUGCUAAUACACAUAAAGGGAAGGGUAAACUCACUGCUGCAGAUAAGGGUAAGGCUAAGGUUGGGGAUGAGACUGGAAAUUUUGCUAAUUUAGUGAGAAAAAUAAAAGAAAGAGUGAGGAGCUUAAGGGAUGACAGUGAUGUGUUUAGUGAUGAGGAUGGUGAUACAGAGUCUUCUGAUUCUGAGUUGAGUGAUUUUGAGUUAGUAGUUGAUGAGGGAGAGGAGGGCUUAUACUCUGAUGAUGAUGAACAGUGGUUGAAGAAAAAUGUAGACCAUAUUAACAGUGAGGUGAAAGGCAGUUUGAGGGGAGUUACUGAAGGAGGGGAUCAAAGUGAUGAUGAGUUACUCUGGUAAGCUUCUAUUUAGGUUCUUUUAUGUCAGUUUUAUGGUGAACUAUAAUGUAUGCUAGGAACAUUUAGUUUUGCACAUAUUUACAUGUCUUUCUAUUUUGUGAAAACUGUAUGCCAUGUGUCUAUGUUGUGUUGAAUGGUUGUCAUGUGUGUGGUUGUAUCAGUUUGAGUUUGAAGUUGCUAUGGAAAGUAUCAAUUUUUUGGAUGAAGAAGCAUACCAGUGGUUGUCAAACAUUGACCCCCAGCACUGGUCAAGGCAUGCUUUCUCUACAAACUGCAAGUCUAACAUGUUGUUAAACAACAUGUGUGAGACAUUUAAUGCAGUGAUUAGAGAUGCCAGAGACAAGCCUAUUCUAACUCAAAUGGAAUGGCUUAGAAGAUAUAGAUGAAGAGGAGUAAUGACAAAUGGGAGGCAGCAAAGUCUUGGGAAGGUUUACUAACCCCAUUUGUCAACAAAGUCUUUGAUGGGUUGGAGAAGUAUGCCAUGACAU